AUGACGGGCGUGCGGCGCAUCCCCCUGCCCUCGUGGGAGAUGGUGGGCAUCCGCUGCGUGGGCUCCUUUGACGGGUGGCUCGUCGGCGUGCAGCUCAACAAACGUCGCUACUUUGGUGACGGCUGGUGCUUCCUGAUGAACGCUUUCUGCCAUGACGUCGUCCGCCUCCCGCCGCCUUCCAUAACCACCCACUCCCUCGAUGCCUACAGUAAAUCUGUCCCCAUCGCCAACGGCUCUGGUGCAGUGCAAUGCACGGUAGUCUUGUCCUCCUCACCUGACCGUGAUUGCAAGUGCAUUGUGGCUGCCGUCUCCGUGCACAGGAGCACAGCUAGCCUUGCCCUCUGGCGGCCUGGAAUGACGUCGUGGUGCGUGUGCCAAGGUGGCAGCAUCAUUAAGUUCAGUGACAUUGCCUUGUACCAGGGAAAGGUCUACAUGUUUAGCAAGGUCACCACGAACCUCUUUGUCUUUGACAUCUCAGAAGACGACAGUGGCCUGAUGGUUUCUGGUGUCGAGCGCUGUGUGACUCAACUGCCAGAGGUCAAGGAUAGCUAUGGACAGAGGUGGAACAUAGUUGAGUGGCACGGGAAACUAUUGCUGGUUGUGAUAUACUUGGGACCUGAAGGCUGGCACAAUAUUUGUAAGAUUGGGGCAUUUGAGGUGGACUUGAGCACAAACCCUUUCAGAUUCACUGAGAUCAACAGCUUGGAUGGCGCCAUUUGCUGUGGAAAUAGCAGACGACAACCUUCGGGCACCAGAUGUCAGCCUGAUGAAUCCAACAUGGCUCUUCCCUUCUGA